AUGUUGAAGAUAGAAAAGUUCUCUGGAAAGCUGGAACAAUGUAUACAACAGAAUGAAGCAGAGAUCAAUUGGCUAGACCCUCCAGAGGUCGUGAAAACGCUGAGAGAAGUGGAAGAGCUGGAGAGGUAA